AGAGGAUUCAAACUGUUUCCCACUCGAAGUCGGCACUAUAUCCUGGAGUUUUAAGGCACGUACAGUAAACGGAUAUAAUAGAAUCAUUCAGUCAAUGAACGUGUCAGUUCAACAUUGUUCCUCACAAUUGUGCUUAUAUACGAUCAAUUCUUUGUACAUUUCCACCUUUGUUACGUGCUUGGAAUUUAUACACCCUAGUCUGUUGAAACAUGCCGAUGAGGAAACAUCGGGUUUACGGGUAAACCCUUUCUUCAAAACUGGUUCUGUCCAUUUCACCCCCUAAUUUUCUUUUCCCAAGAUUCAAGAGCCCAUAUAACG